CCGACUCCGCAGUGAUACAUAUUUUCACUUUUACCCGAAAUGUCUUUUGAUGGAGGAAGCGACAGGGCAUGUGUGCGUGCCGACGAUUAAUCUUUUAACUUGAUCAUUUCAUACUUUUUCGUCAAAUUGGCCGAAUAAGAAAGCAAGUGGGCGGCCAUGGACCCGUCGUGGUCUAAUGGUGGGAAGCCACCAGAUGAAAGUAUAGCCAGAGAUCAAAGAAAAGCAAGAAUUCAGCCAUUUUGGGAGGACCUAAGCGAUGACAAGGAACCUCGGACAACCAAGCCGGCCCUGCUGCAGCUGAUGCAGGACCUGAAGGAUGAGGGGAACACCCUGUUCAAGGAGACCAUGUAUGACCUGGCCUGGAUGCACUACCGCAACGCUCUGUUUGUGGCGAGGAUGCUGGAGAUGAGGUUCUACUAUGAAGUGAAGAAGGAUUUCAUCUCAACUCUCUUUUCUAACAGAGCCCUGUGUUGCUUGAAAAAGGAAUUGUAUGAAGAGGCCGUGGCCGACUGUGAUUCAGCUAUUAGAACUCAACCCACCAAUCUGAAAGCUUACUACCGCAAGGUGCAGGCUCUCAAAGCUCUUCAGAAGUACCAGGAUGCACUGCAGCUGGCACGGACUGGAUAUGCAAAACAGCCUGCAGUGUUCAAGGAUUUGCUUGACGAGCUGCAGGUCUUGUGUCAGCAACCGUCCCCAGAUGCACCAAGGAAGACAUCGCAGGUGUCCAUCAAUGAUGCAAAACCUUCCGUCAAGAAGGACGCUGAUAAUGAGUGGCUUAGGGGCACAAAUGCCUUGAAAGCAGAAAAGCAAAGAGAAGCAGCAGUGGCAAAGAUGCCGAAGAAAAAGAAAGCUAACAAGACGAAUGGUGUGAAGAGUGCCCCUGUGCCUGCCCCCGCCCCCGCCCCUGCCCACACAGUGGAGAAGGAGAGUAGCACGGAGGAAUCGGAUGCAGACUCAAGUGACCUUGGGGAGGAUGAGAAGUUUGUGAAGCAGUUUCAGAGUGUGCGGACCAAUGUAAAAAAAGCCCCCCCAUUUAAGAUCACCCAGCCUAAAGUGCCUAAGGAGGAGGAGGCGUGGGCGUUCCCGCACUCCCCCGACACAGGCGUAGACAUGGUGCCCUUCGACGGCUUCAGGAAGGUGGGCCCAAUAGGUUCCAAGGCUGCUGCAGUUGUUCCGACCAUGGGAUUAGAUGAUUUUAAGGCUCCAGGGACAGUAGGUGAGACCCGUGCAGCCUCCGUUUCCCGUGCCAGCCCAGACAGAAGAUCUCCCAAACCUGUUGCUAAACCACCUCAGAUCGAAAUAGACUGGCCACUCAAAGAUGAGUUUGACUUUAAGUUGGCAUGUAAACUGUGUUUCCAGAAGUUUGGCGAUGGAGUCAAGGGUUACUCUUAUAACCCCCACACACACAGCUGCAUGAAGAACUUUUUCUUAAUUCGACUCAAGGAUAAGGAGACCUUAAACUGGUUGAGAGUUCGCCCUCGAGCCGAGUCACAGAUCCAUCGCAAUGCCAGCUACAAGAUCUGCCAGCAGUUUCAGAACUCCGAGCCGUGUCGUGUUGGGGAAGAACGCUGUACGUUCCCACAUCACCAGCCCGAGGCUCGACUCUGGGCCAUGGACCGGGACGGCAAGUUCAUCAUCGUGGAGUUUGUGGAGCAUCUUAAAAAGAUUGGAGUCGACACCAGCAUUGGCCGAGUGCCCGCAUCGUCAGUGACUGACCUCCGCCAGAAGCAGCUGAUCCCAGGCAUGAACUACCAGAAGGCUCCCCCGACAGGUCCGAUGAAACCACAAGUGCCUGCUGGCCCCGUCCACAUUCCCCCAGCAACAGCCCCGCCUCCACGUCCGCACUCACCCCAGAAAGCUAAACAACCUGUGUUUGGUACACCACUCACUCCAGGCAGUGUUAAAGUUCCAGAAAAGCUACCCCCAACAAUUCAUCAUCCGCCACCCAACUUUUCAGUUCCACCUCCCAACAUGCGAGUGCCCCCUCCCAAUAUGACAAGUCCUGUUGCCUACACCCCCCCAGAAGAAUACCGACUCCCCACACCUGCACAUCCAGACGGAGAUGCAGGCUCGAUGGUUAAGAUGGAUAAUCCUAUCACUGACACCCAUGAGUUCAAAGUUAUGUGUAAGAUGUGCCUGUGCUACAACAACAUCCCGGGCCGUUACAUCUACAGCCCCCACCCCCAUUUGUGUGAAGAGAACCUCCUCGCCAUGAGGGGCAGGCAGGGAAACAGUCCCUGGUUCCGGGUGCGGGAGCGGAAGAACCACCGUGAAUUCCCUGGGAACUAUGUCAUCUGUAACAGUGUCACUUACAAUAGGCUGGAAUGGUGUCACUACGGAGAGGAAAACUGCAGCUUUGCCCACAACAUCAUUGAACAGAUAUUGUGGACUCUUGAAAAAGAUGGAGGCAAUUUUAAUGUCACCGAGUUCAUCAUGCAGAACAGAUCUUCAAGUAAGAACAGGGGCUUCUCACUCAAUGAAAUUCUCUCCAAACACGGCGGUUACUUCAGCUUCAUCUGCCGCAACUGCUACUACAGCCAGCCCCCAAUGAUUGCCACUGAAGGUGGUAGUGGAUUCUGCAUAGGAAUGUUUAAACAUCUAUGGCAGUCGGGCUCAGUUCUGGCUCACUUUGCUCCAGAUGGCGCCGUCACAGUCAUUAACAGCAGAGGAUUCCUACACAAAACAGCAUUCUUUAAAAUAUGCAGAUGGCUCCAUUUCUGCCGGAACUUGCUUUUGGGAACCUGUCGUUUCGCACACAGCAUGGUGGAGCGAGAUGUGUGGAUGCUGGAGAGGGAUACUGGGUUGAGCAGGAAGGAGAUUGUCCAGGAGUCUGACAUCUUGACCAGCCGCGGCUAUACAGAAGCGCCUCCACCACCUGGGCUUGCUGCAGACACACGACGACCACCACCACAAACAACAUCAGCAGCUCAGACCAGGAUUGCAGCACCAACAACACCGCCACCGACAGCAGGGUCCGGUGACUGCCCUUACAACGUUCAGAUCAUCUGUGGAACAUGCUGGAAGAAAGGAGCUAGAAACCCCCAAGAUGGAACCAAGGACAGAUGCAGCAAGGGACACAACCUGUGGCACCAGAUCAGGAUCUUCCUGGUUCUGCCAAGCUUGAAAGAGAUUCGGGCUCUUCCAAGGAAGAUUCCCACCAACUUCCACUUCAUCAUCUGCAAGUAUGUGAAAGAGAAGAAGUGUGACUACAACUUGGGAGGGCCGUGUCAGUUUGCCCACGGGGAGGAGGAACUGGAGAUCUGGAGGUGGAUGUGCAAGAAUAAAGUGAGAACUCUGGAUGAUCUUGCUGAGGUGUCUCGCAAGGCUCAGCUUGCCCGUGCUCCCAAACCAGCCAUCACCCAGGGUGAGUCUGUGGUGUCCGUGCAGAAAGCUGCAGCCCGCGUCAUGGCUCCCUCCGACCUCAACUUCAACCCCCACUACUGCCAGUACUGCGGCAUACAGUCCAACAGUGAGAAGCAGUGGGACAACCACUGCGCCUCGGAGCGGCACAUGUUCAACGUCAACUCCGACAAGGAUCACCAGUGGAACCAUCGACAGCCUCCCUGGGGAAUACCCUCCUCCAGCUAUGACCUCUGCUCAAAACACGUGAAUGGGGAGAGGUGCCAGUACUCGCAUGUCCCGGAGAUGUACAACCUGUGUAACUACGCCCACUCGGAGGAGGAACUGGACGAGUGGAAGGAGCGCUACGAGUGGCGGCAGAUGAAGCGUGAAAUGGCCAAGAAACAGAAGGUCUUCUCCUACAUGGAUCAACUGCUGGAGAAGUAUGAAACAUCCGACUCCGGGAUCGCUGUUAUGUCAGAGGAUAUUGACGGUGUGACAGUCACCCCGCCCAUGGAGUCGAUGAAUGUGUACAGAGAAGAUAAGCAUUCUUCGCUUGUCUGGACAUACAUCAUCAGGUCGAUUAAUCCCCUUCUGAAGGUGGCCCUACUGUACAACCGAGACAGACUUCACUUCUCCAUCUGCUCACAAGAUAACAAGACACACCAGAUUGCCCCGGGGGACACGUUCGAGGAUGUGGAUGCCAAAGGGAUGGCUUGCUAUAGAGUUGACAUCAAGUUCACUGGCGGCAUGUUCGGCUCUUUCAGCCAGUGGGUCAUCUUCGACUUCGGCUCCGAGCCGGUGCUGGUGAGGAAGAUGUCGGUGGAGGUUGGUCAUCAGAGGAUCCAUGAACAGGUACACUACCUCCGACAGAAGCUGGCGUUUGACCAAUGGACCAGUCUCAAUCGGGAAAUCAUACGUCCAGGCAACAACUCUCUGGAUCCAUUCAGCGAACAGCUGCUGAGGAAAUACAAGGAGCCAAGUUCAACGGAACAGGUGGUCACCCAGAACAGCAUUAUUGCAGAGCUCAACCGUAACAACUACAUCCACAAGAUGCACAAGCUGCUGGAACUGGAGGAGAUGACGAGGCAUCGCAUCAUAUCCAGCUAUAAUCUCCGUACUGAAGUUGAAAUCAUCAAUCAAAUAGAAGACAAGUGUGCCAUCUACCCCCGACCAGGGGAAAUGUUCGGUAGAGUGCAUCUCACAGAGAAUCUGACAGAAGACACAAACGCGGGCAAGCUCAUCCUGACCAGUGUGAAGAAGGUUCUGAUGGCUCCAGUCAACGACAGCAAGAAAACUGUCUACGAGGCCAGCAUCGUGCGCGAGGACAACUUCAACUACGACGGCCGAGGCAAGGAGUACAUCUACCUGUGCAUUCCGCCUGUGUGUGCCAAGGGGCUGAAGAUCAUGCCGGAGAUGAAGCUGGAGCUGGAGAUCCAGUUCCAGAUGUUCCGCCUCCACUUCUGCCGCAUGCACUUCGCCAUCGACUGCCUCAAGAACACAGACAUUGUGUUCCCCGACUUCAUCCAGCUCAGUCCCGACUGGAAUGAGCAGCACGUGCUCAAGAUCAGUUCUAAGAUCUUGAACGAUGACCAGAUGGCAGCUGUGAAACACAUCGUAGCUGAACGCACAAGCUACACACCACCCUUCAUCAUGUUCGGUCCGUUCGGCACCGGCAAGACGGAAACACUGGCCCAGGCAGCGAUGGUACUCUUAAAGGAGCGAAAAGAGACAAAAAUUCUCAUCUGUGCGCAAUCCAACAGUGCUGCGGAUCUGUACAUCGUGAAGCACCUGGACCCCUUCCUGCGGAGGACUGGCCCCAUCAGCCUCCGCCGCAUCUACAUCAAGGAGAGGCGAGUGAACACCGUGCCACCCGAGGUCCAGAAGUACUGCAUCUUCAACCCUGAAAACACCGCCUUCGAAAUCCCCUCCAAGGAGGACAUCAUGAGCCACAGGAUUGUCAUCACUACCGUAGAGACAUCACUGCAGCUCACCAAGCUCGGCCUUCAGGGUUACUUCACACACAUAUUCGUUGAUGAAGCUGCACAGGCGCUGGAGUGUGAGACAAUCAUGCCGCUGUCCCUGGCGACUGAAAAGACCUGCAUCGUGUUGACGGGAGACCACAUGCAGAUAAGCCCCAAAGUCUAUAGCCCAGAGGCAAGACAGCUUGGCUUCCACACCUCGCUGUUGGAACGAUUGUAUGCAUAUUAUGAGAGCCUCUCGGGCAGGAUUGCCAACAAAUCCAGCAACCCACUGAACAUAUUUCUCAGCAGCAACUACCGGACUAAGAUGGAGAUCCUUCGCUUCAUCUCUGCUAUCUUCUAUGGGGGACCAGAUAGCCUCAAGGCAAUGGGUGUUGUCCCGUCUGUGGUGGAGCUGACGCCGCUGGUGUUCUACGUGGUGCAGGGACGGGAGAUCCAGGACUCGGACAGCACGUCCUACUACAACAUGUCGGAGGUGGAGGAGAUCGUGGAGAGGGUGGAGGACCUCUACAACAACUGGCCCACCGAGUGGGGGGAGAGGGCAGCACAGGAGAUCGAAGUCGUCACCCCAUAUUAUGACCAGGUUGUUCUGAUCAGACACACGUUGAGGAAGCGGAGGCCAGAGCUGCGGAGAAUCAGCGUGGACACAAUCCACAAUGUUCAAGGGAAAGAGUUCCGAGCCCUGUUCAUCAGUACCUGCAGGACUCGGCAUCUUCUGGAGUCCAGCCACAUGGCCAACCUCCUCAAGUCCUCGGAGUGUGAUGGUGACAUCGGGGACUUCGGUUUCCUGUCAGACCCCAAGCUGCUGAACACAGCCCUGACCCGGGCCAAGUCGUAUGUGUGUGUGGUGGGUGACCCAGUCGCCUUGUGUGCAAUCGGAGAGUGUGUCCAAGUAUGGAGGACAUACCUGAAGCACUGCUCCAACAUGAAGAGUCUGUAUCCGCCAUCAAUCACGUACGACUCCAUCAAGAGCCAGGUCCUCAACCUGCAGAUGUCGCCCAUGGGGCUGAGGUUGACAGAGAUAACAGAACUGAGUCGUAACGCCAGCAUCAUGCAAAGGGCGUCACUGUCUGAAGCACGGGGAGAAAAGGAUUCAAAGGCCUGGCAAAACAAGAAUGGACCUGGUUCUAUAUCAUCUCAGCCAACUACACCAUCCCCUCAGCCAGUGCCGCCAUCACAACAGCCUUCCCAGCAAUCACGGUCCUCUCCAGUUGCCCCAAAACCAGUUGCACCACAACCUUUAAGACCUCUGGGGACAAAUGGCUUCAUGCCUCAACCACCUCCACUGAAGCAAUUCAGCAAACAGGUGCCUGCUUCUGGGGACAAGCAAGCUGUCUCUCUUGAAUCUGAUGACAUCAUCAAGCAGAUUGCCGCCGACGGUAGAGAUGGAAGUCAUCUAAACAUGGCGUGCAUCAGGGUGAAGGAAUCCAGGGGUCAUGCUGUCUUGCAUUAUGAUACCAACUGGGCCCAGGAGAAGAGGGGACUUCAGUCGGAUGAGGAUCAGGAUUCGGACACAGCAUUGCUGAAUGAAGAGCAGGGACAGAGGAAUGUCUUAAAGCACUAUGACACAGCCCAGCUGAGAAGCCUGAUCCAGAGCAAGCCUGACAGGUACAAGCACUGUGUGCUUCAUAUUGAAUCCUCCAGGAAGAUGUUUGCCAGAGUAAUCGACUACACCUCUCCCAUCCACCAGAUGAAGCUGAGCAGUCGCAGACACUGUGGUCAAGCCUUCAACAAUGACGAGGUGGUUGUAGAGGUUUUGGAACAUGAAGAGGAACAUCAUGAAGUCCAUGGGCAAGUGGUUGGAAUUCUUCGACGUGCCAUCGACCCCAGGGAUAAAUCCUUUGUUUGCAGUGUUGAAGCCAGUAAUACCGGGGUCCUGAUACCCAUCAACAGGGGCAUUCCUAGGAUCUAUAACUUGACGACCCCGACACAGGCACAGCUGGCGUCAACUGAACAGGUCUGUGUGUACAGGUUGACACAAGACCAAAAGGUGGAGUUCUCCCAUUUUGAAUCAAUCAAUCCAUGCGAUUCGUCUGGGAAAUUGUUCCUUGUACGUUAUUUAAAGUGGGACCUGUCUUUCUACUGUCCAUUUGGCAUUGUGAUUGGGGUCCUUCCAGCAGGCAGGGCUCUGGACACGGGGAUGAAGGUGCUGGAUCUGGAACACAGCAUCACACAGAGCUACCCAAGGGAGGUGGAGGAUGAGGUGAUUGCGAUGUACCACAACUACUACCUUCCACAAGAGGUGUACUCUUCAAGAGCCGACCUGACUGAUAGGUGGUGCUUCACAGUGAACCGGCCGUCAUCACAGGACCUGGAUCAGGCUAUAAGCAUAGAACAGACAGCCGAUGGAAUGUAUGAGGUCGGUAUGCACACCUCAGAUGUUGCCUUCUUCCUGCAUCAGGGCUCCAGUGUAGAUGAAGAGGCUCAACGCAGAGGAACAUCCUUCUUUCCUCUCAGCACAGAUCCACUUCAUAUGUUACCCAAUAGGCUUAGUACAGAUCUUUGUAGCAUCAAACCUAAUGAAGACAGAUUGACUUUGUCAAUUUUCAUGACUGUUAACGGAUCCGGAGAGAUCACAAAAGUAGACAUGAAAAAAUGCAUCAUCAACUCCAAGAAGAGGUUCUCCUUUAGAGAAACGGAAGAAAUUCUUCACAAUUCAGAGGGUGCCCAGACCGACUACUUCACAAGCUGCAUGGUGGUGCUGUACCAGGUUGCGUUGCUAUGGCGCCGGAACAGGCUGGGGAAUGAUUACCUGUGUGUGAGCCUGGAAGGAUCCAACAAGCUGACUCCGAAAGCUCAUCUGUUGAUGGAGGAGCUAGGCAUCACAGCCAACCAGCAAGUUGCAAAGAUCUUGUUGACUGCGUAUCCCCAAGCUACACCCUUGAAAUGCCAGGGGCCUAUGAACCAGCAGCUAUCUGAUGAAUGGAAAGAGAAGCAUGCUACUGAUGCUAUCAAUACUGUGGCCCUGACCAAACCUUUCUUGGAUGGAAACAGAAUCUGUAAGUGUAGAGUAGCUUGUACUUGCAUCUUCAGCUACAUCAGACAGAGGGGAAUCCAAGCUCAAGGGACAUUUGAUAUUGUGAAGGGUCUGUGGAAGACCUUAUGCUCUGCAGCUGACACAGGGAACUAUGAGCUUGUGCAGCAGCUGAUAGUAUCUCCAGAAAACCAUCCUCAACUUGCAAUAGCUCAGGCGGAGCUGUCCAGAAUCCAGGAAUCUACCUAUUAUGCAUGUUCAGCUGAUGUCAGUUCUGAUAAACAGGGACACUAUUCGCUCAAUGUUACCCCCUACUCCUCCUUCACAAACCCUCUCAGAAGCUACGUGGACAUUGUUGUCCAGAGGCUGAUGUCGGCCAGGAUAGACAACAUGGCCUGUCCAUACAGUAAGCUGGACAUUCAGAGUCUGUGCAGUCAGUGCAAUAGCGCCGUCAGCAAUGAACAUAACUACUAUCAGGCAAUGCUGUCCCUCCACCUGGCAGCUGCCCUGAGGAAGAAGCCACUUGUUAUGUACCCUGUAGUGGAGAAGGUAGACGACUCGGCAGUCACCCUGCUCUUCCCUACGAUCAAGGAUGUUCCUGUCAAGGAGAAGAACAUCCAGAUAGUCCACCUUGGUCCAAGCGACAAGCCUGAAGUGUCCGAGGAUCCUGUAGAGGUGAAGGUCAAAUGGCAGGAAAGGAUCUACGACACUGCUGGACCAAUCAUGAACCAGUUGCAGGUAGAGCGAGGUAAGGAAUUGGACCCGGACAAAUUUGUGAACAAGGUUCCUGCCUUCCACUGGCAGCGUCUCCUCAAUGCGAUCAGAGAGGAGGAUUUCUCCAAGCUUCAGACAAUGGUGUCAUCUGUCCGGGAACAGGUGGAGAGUAUCAUUCCAGAAGGUCACUUUGCUGAGGAUGUUUCAUCCGAAAAUUCUAGAAACAGAAACACUAACGACUUCGUAGAUUUCUCUCUCAAGAUGCAUCCUAGUAUGAUAAUGUGUGUUCAGAUAGCCACAGAAGUUAACAAAGGUCUCCUGACCCCGACGGUUCAGCUGCUUCAUCUGACCCCAAGACUUGACAUUUGUCUGGAACAUCGCACAUCACCCAUGAAAUGCUUCACCAGUAACACUGCCAAGCCUGCGUCCCGAGCCACCUACAGCAGUGAAGGGGAGUAUCAGCAGUGUUGGCUGCCCGUCAUUGGGAUGGAGGCUGCUACCCGGGCAGUUCAGAGCCAGGAGAGCAUCAUAGUACAUAAUGUAAGUGUGGAAUGGAGGCCUGCAUCUUCAGCAUCUUACUCAGGCAAGAUAACCCUCCCUGUAAGCUUCUGUAAGGAGAGGAAGAUCAAGUUCUCGGGGGAUGUCCAGUUCGAAGGCCUGCUUGAUAAGAAUAGCACAUUAGCACAGAGCUUCUUCCAGGACUUCAUGUGUGUGAGAUACAAGAACCUUCAGCUGCCCCCCGAUGGGACUCUGCAGGAAGAUGUGUCUGUUCUGGUAAACACUCCUGAGCCAGUGACGUGGGUCGGACAUUGUCGUGUCCGGGGCAUGGAGCGAGUCAUGCAGGAGCAGGUGCAGGUGCAGGUGGACCUCAACCAGAGCAAUAUGGUGCUGCCGGACAGACUGCUGGGGCCUGAGGGAGCCAGGAUGAAGUGUACAGUGGAGUGGAUUGCCAAGACUCCUCAAGACAGGCACACCGAGUAUGCACUGAGAUGUCUGGAUGGGGCAGCCGACCUAGCUCGGGCUAUUGCCACUGGAAGGAAGCCAGUAGACAACAAUCGUUUUGCUGAUGUGGAUGUCUUAUCUCAGAUGGCGUCCACACCCCUUCAGCCUCCCAACCAGGCCCAGCAUCGAGCCACCCAGGAAGCCCUCCGUCAGCCCCUCACAGUCAUCCAGGGGCCCCCCGGCACAGGGAAGACCCUCACAGGAGCCAGGCUGGCGUAUCAGUUCUGUCAGCGCAAUAAGAAAAGUCCGAACACUCCAGCACAGGUCCUCAUCUGUGGGCCUACUAAUAAAUCACUUGAUGUUGUUGCAGCUUAUCUACUGAGUAUGGGUCCCAGGUGCCCUCGUCUUGUACAUGUGUAUAGUGAGAAAUUAGAGCGUAGAGAUUACCCGCUCCCACGAGACCCUAUCGCCCCUAAGAAGCGCAAGCCAUCCGAAGUGUGUGUUGAUCCACAUAUUAAAGGAAUAGCUCUCCAUGAGCUCAUCCGCCAGCCUGCCAAUCAGUACAGUCAGCGCAUACAGGAGUUAGAUACGUUGUUUGGGCUUUACCCUGACGACAUAAGUGAUGAUCAGAUCGAUGAAUACCUGAAGCUAAUUACUGCAGCAUCCGCAGCGGAACUGCAGCAGGCGGAGAUUCUUCUGGCUACGUGUUCCGCCAGUGCAAGACAUAAGAUGAACUGGGGCUCAAAUGUACAGCAGAUUAUCAUUGACGAGUGUGGCAUGUGCACGGAGCCGGAAGCCAUGAUCCCAAUUAUCCUCUUCCAAGAUGUAAAACAAGUAGUCCUGAUCGGGGACCAUCGCCAACUUCAGCCACCGGUCAAGGAGGUGGCCGCUAAACAACUAGGUCUCAAUAAAUCACUGUUUGAACGAUACGCCCCGAAAGCACUCAUGUUAUCUACACAGUAUCGUAUGCAUGAAGGGAUAGCGGAGUUCCCAUCUCGUUACUUCUACUCUGACCGCCUGGAAUGUGGCACUUCAGCUCAGCUUAACCCCGCCCCCAUGUCAAUCUGGCCUAACGGUAGAAACCAGCCAGUCACCUUCUGCCAUGUUGCGGGCACCGAGGACUCACAGACAGCUGCUGCCAACGGCAUCGGCACUCAGUCCAAGAUCAAUGAACGGGAAGUCCAUUACGCUGUAACUAUCGCCACUAGCUUAGUUAGCCGGUACAGAGUGAGUGAGUCUGAUAUCGUCGUAUUAUCACAACACCCUGCCCAGUGUGCCACUAUUCAGAGAAAACUGCAACUGAAAGGACUUCGCAAAAUUACAGUCUGCACAGUUCUAGCUAGUCAAGGUAGAGAAUGGGACUAUGUUAUAAUGUCAACCGUGAGAUCGAUGCCUAAAUGUCAGGUAGAACGCCAACCUACUAGUGGCUGGAUUUGCCGCAACCUGGGAGCACUUGCAGACCAACACCAAAUUAAUGUGGCAAUCACACGAGCUAGAAAAGGACUUGUGCUUAUUGGUAACAAGUACCUGCUUCAGUGUGACCCCUUGUGGCGAGAACUUCUCAGAGAUUACAGAAACAAACAGAAGAUACUUGAUGCUGAUGAUUUUGUUCGUCUAUUGGCUUAAAUCUGAGAUAACCAGAUAAAAUGGUUAAUUUACCGAGAUGAUACUAAGUUGAAACAAAGACGAUGUAGGAGACAACGAUGAUGAUGACGACAACGAGAAGUGGAUGUUAAGGGUCCAGGAGGACAUCCUGACACGACCUGUUGUAGUGGAUAAUGUGCAUGAUUAUAACCAGCUUUAUGUUUGACUGUCUUGCCAAUAACGCAAACAGAUUACCCUUACCUUAGCCUCAUAGUCUUAUCUUUACCUUGGUGCAGGGUUUGCAGGACGUUCAGUUUCGUUGAAUGUUUUUCAAGUUAUCGUUGACAAUAAUAAUGAUUAUGAUUGAAUUAUAUUAUUUACAUAGUUCAGACAUGCUUUGUUUUUCUGCAUUAGUAUGAAAUGAUUAAUGUUAUUUGUGUGUAUAUAUAUUAAUAUUGUGCAUAUAUUUGGCGAUACUGUCAAACCUGAGACAAACAUACGAAUGAUCUAGCUCGCAAUAUUAGUAGUUAAUGUGAAUAUAUUAGUUAAAUAACUUUUGCUGUGAACGUCUAAGAAUUCACCAUUUUUAACCAGAUGCAGCCAGUGUGUGUUGAACUUGGUCCUGGGCCCACUUGCACAAAACGAUCUUAGCGCUAAGACUAUUGUAAGCCUAUGUUAAAGUAUGGGAGUUACGAUCAUCUUAGUGCUAAGUUCGCUUUGUGCAAGUGGGUCCAGGUCCACAAAGUCAUUUUAGUCAAAAGUCCCCGUCUGUAACAUAGACUCAUGGGUGCUGUGCUAAGAUUGCUUUUUUGGACUGGGCCCAGGCUCUGUGUUUCUAAGUGAGAGCUGCAUUUGUCUUAUGUCAUUGUAUCAACGUUCUUUAAUCAUAAACGUAACAAAAGAAGUAAGCUGGAGCUGAUAUUUGUAAGAAAUGUUAUAAAGGUACUAGAUAUACGUAAGACAGUUUCUUUUGGUGCCUUGUAUGGUGCCUAUGAACAAAGAGAACCAUUUUCAUAUGGUUAGCGUUUUUCUCGGGUUUCACAGAAGUAUCUUGGACGCACACAUAUUUCCACUGGAUGUCACAGCUAACAUCUUAGUUUUCUGUGUAAUGGAAGUGCAGUAAAAAUGUUUUAAGUUUAUUCAAAAGCAAAUGGCAUGGAGUUUUGGCUGUAAUGAUUCACUAUGUUUUGAUGCAUCGCAUAACUUUCACGAUACAAGUACUGUGUCAAUACACGUCAGUACCUGUAUGCAUAAAAGGGUCGUAAAGUAUGGUUUUCUGAUGGCAUGUGCGAGACUUGACAAACCACAGUUUAGUUGACACACGUUUCCUAAGUACAAGUUUGGUCUCUCAUUGUUCCAAUUCCUGAUAGGCAUUACAUGACCGGGUAAUCAAAGUGUUUACUUACAGCCCUAAUGGAGAUUGAGCACUGGUCAGUUGGGCCAUAUGCAGUACAAUUAUUUGUAUUCCUACAAAUACACUCUAUACAAUGGUAUCACUUGGUCUGCGGAGACUUUAGAUCAACACACGCUGCUGCAUUGUAGGUUCAUGAGUCUGGAAAGGGAAAGGUUUCCUGCCAACUAUUCAUGGGUCUUAAGUGCUCAGAGACUGAGGACGUGUGACAGUACUAUAUCAGAUAGAGAAAGGAACAGCUUCACUCUGCCUUUUGUUCUGUACUUUUACUUAAGAAAUAAACGAAGAAUGGGAGUUGUUUGUCGUACAAUAAAAUACUGCAGGGAGAAUAAACAAUGAGGGGUGCAGCUCAGAGACUUUUAUUGUGUGAUAAACAACGACCACGAGUCGUUUAUUUCUUAUGAGAUAUCAACUUUAUGUACAGCCUCUUUAAGGAUGUUAAUAAAAAAACGUACAAGUUUUAAAAAUAUUUACCUAAAUUUUAACAAUGAUGACUCCCUGAAUGGAAUCCGUACUCGGAAAUGUCGGACAAAUCCGUUUUACGAGGAGUUGGGUUAAACUUGGUAUUUCCCACAUAUUCUCACAAUCCUCCUGUCAAUUACCGGUAUCUGUACCUUUUCUCCUGUCAUAUCUCUCCCACUUGUGAAUGCGAUCGUUCGACCACUGUGUUUAUCUGCGUAGCCCAGCUACAUCUAUUGGGAACAACUUUAAUACCAGACAGUUCCCUCUCAAAAACAACGUCAUCCAAAAUAUGACGUCAUCAAGUUGCGAGCUCAUAUUCAAAUCACCAGAAAAGAUAGAACAAUGUUUUAUUGUGAAAUAAACCACGCUUCAUUCUUCAUUGCAAUUUAUCGCAUAGCUAUCUUAUAUACCUUGAUAAAGUACUGUUACUGUCCUCCGUUACAGAUAACCUGUGCAUAAUUUCCAAUAUUUCUAUAAAAAAAUUGAAUAUGGUCAUACAGAACAGUUUACAAACAUGUUAAUAAUAUUGUCUAUGCUGGAGAAUACACUAGCUAUUGUUUUUUUGUGGCCUGUGGAAAUAUGUAUUGUCAAUUGGUGUUAACGAUGAGCAUGUUACCUCUGUAUAUAUAUAAAAUAUAUUAAAAGGAUUAUUAUGUUGGUCAAGCUGGACUAUUUCCUAUAAGUGAUAUAUGCAUGUGAACUGAGUUUGAGUUUUCUGAAUAUAAGGGAUUAGAUAGCUUUAGAAGUGGAACGUAAAAAUGUCAAGUCCCCAAAGUAAGAAGUUAAUUCAUCAGUAUAUACUGUCCUCGACAUGGUAAAAAGUAAUACUUUGUACAUAAUAUGCAUUGUCCACUGAUUAUAGUCACAAGGAAAAAUCUUAAAUAUUCUGUUCCUUUUUAUUAUUUCACGGAAUGAUACUUCGAUUUGUUUGAUAAGACUUACACUACUCAAAAAAAGUUAGGGACCACCCGAUACUUUUAUAUUACUAUAGUUAAUAAGUCAUUCCAUGACAGGUUGACUAUAGUAAUAUGACAGUAACUAUAGUAAUAUGAAAGAAUCAAGCAGUCCUUACCGUUUUUUUACUAGUAUAGUAUGUUCUUUCCAGUACGAUGGAAAUUUAAAAUAGGUGGGGGCAUCACCUCUUUCCUUGUUCAGAUAAUAGUAUCGUUUUGAAACAGGGUUGAGAAACAUGCCUUGUGUUUGUUGUUGAACAAGCUUGCACAAAAUCAUGCAUAAGACAAGGAGUACAUUGUAAAGUCAAUGCAUUAUAUCCAAGAUCUGCAUUAUAACUAUAACUAGUAGUAGCUAUAGUAUAUGUAGUAUGUUGUGACUACAUAUUACCAAUGCAUAAUAGCAGUUUAAAGACGUUGUAAAAGUUCCAAGUCUCCGAGAUGGAUACGGUUAUUGAUGAUGUACAUAAUAUGCUUGCUGCUAAUAGAAAGUGUAUUUUUGAGAGGACAAGUUUAGUCUCUCAGUUAUUUGUGACUUAGAUACUUGGUUGACUAUGACUGAUGAUUGAAGAUACUUCAUGUUGAAGUUGUCAAUAUUUUCCCAAACGUGAUAAAUCUCCUGCUGCCUAUUAACCAAAGUGCCUAUUUUGUUGUACUAUGUGUAUGAAGCUGUUGUAUUUUGUUUUACUAUGUGUAUGAAGCUGUUGUAUUUUGUUGUAUCUUUCAUUAGUAUGUACAUUGUCCUGGCUUCAUUAUUGGGCAAUCAGACACAUAAACUUCCUAGUUUUCAUGAUUCCAUAUCAGUUUUCCUCCCCAUGACCAUCUGUGUAGAACAACAAGGACUAGAUCCAACUAUUAUCAAAAUGUAAUCUCUUGUGAAUUGUUUCAUGUUUUUCAGUAGCACCAGUUCUCGCUUAACAAGCACUGUCCGCAGUUUGAACACAUGCUACUGAUCAUACCUGUGUGUAGAACGUGAUUGGAUACUGUUGUGUGGAGAGGCUGCAAGCCAAUAUCUUUAUUUUCUGUAUAUUCAUAUAUAAUCUCUUUUAGUGUUGUUUUGGUAAGGAAUAAACCAUAAAACGCCA